UGAACAAAUUUCCAGUCUGAUGGAAAAUUUUAAGUCAGACUAAAAAUAAAAGACACCUAUUAUUUGGUGGCUUAUCACUUAAUGGGGUGAUUUUUUUUUUCUAAAAAUUCUUUUUAAAAAUUAUUUAAACUCAGAAAGUAAACAGCCACCAAAGCAAGCACAUAUUUCGGUGGGUUUGUUAGUCAUGGCUAUUAACAAUGUUCGCACAGCUUGUAUCUACUACAUGCAAUUUAUUCUUUUGUUGUUUUUAUACCCGAUUUUGUUGAUUGUCAUUGUGAUACGGGAAUUAUAUAACAGACCUCAAGAGAGCCAAAUAAAAGGUGAAGUAGCCAUUGUUACAGGAGCUGCAAGAGGUUUGGGUCGUCAAAUAGCCAUUGAAUUGGCCAAAAGGGGCUGCCACAUAGCUGUGGUGGAUAUACUACAAAAUGCAGCAGAGGAAACUGCCACAUAUUUAAAAGAGUCCUUUAAUGUCAAGAGCAAGGCUUAUAAGGUAGACAUUUCCGACCAUCACCAGCUGUCAAAGUUCCACCGCGAAGUUGUCCAAGACUUUGGCGAUGUCACCAUCUUAGUACACAAUGCCGCUUUGCUACGCUUAUCCGAUAGCAACCCUCAGGAUUGCGAGGAAAUACAAAAAAUAAUCACCGUUAACUUUACCUCCCAACUAUGGUUGAAUCAACUUUUUCUGCCGCGCAUGAAGUUGCUUAAUCGUGGUCACAUCAUGGCUAUUUCCUCAACUUCAGCUUUAUUUCCAUCAGCUUUUAUACAAAUAUAUGGACCCACCAAAAGUGCUGUAAGGGCUUAUAUGGCCUCGCUAAGGGCAGACUUGCAAUGCGGGAGAUACAAAAUAAAACUGACCACCAUAUUGCCAACCUUUUUGAAUACCAAUCAGUAUACGAAUGAUUUCAUGAGAGUAUCGGGUUAUGACAAACUUAUUCCACCAUUGGAGGGCACUAUGGUGGCACAACAAUCUGUGGAGGCUAUGCUCAAGGGCCUGGAGGAGAUAACAUUGCCACGAACACUAAGUCUAGUAUACAAGUUGCAAGAAUUUUUGCCCACAUGGCUGCGUAGUGGAUUAAGUGGACCCUUUCUACCCAAACUAAACCUGAAAGAGCUUCAAAACCAGCUGAAAUGAAAUUUCCAAGGGGAUUAUCUUAAUUUUGAAUUAGAUAAU